CGCCGGUGACGCAUUGGCGGGAAAAAGUCUUCAUUGUGCGGGGUGGACUGUGAAAAACUGCACGUUUAACAACGCGACUGCGGAAUAUUCGCUAACUUUUUCCCACGGAAAUACUUGGACAUGGCUACCGACGUUGUGGACGACCGGGAGAUGAGGGAGGCCCAGAGGGACUAUCUGGACUUCUUGGAUGAUGAUCACGACCAGGGGGUUUAUCAGAGCAAAAUUCGGGACAUGAUCGACCAGAACAAGUCCCGCGUCGUUGUCAACAUUAACGACCUGAGGAGGAAGAAUGAGGCCCGGGCUGCAAAGCUGAUGAGCAAUGCUUUCGAAGAGCUGAUGGCCUUCCAGCUGGCCCUGAAGGACCUGGUGGCCACCGUGGACGCCACCUACGCCAAGCAGUACGAGGAGUUCAACGUGGGCCUGGAGGGCAGCUUCGGAUCCAAGCACGUCAGCCCCCGAACGCUGACUUCCAGGCUGCUGGGCAGCAUGGUGUGUGUGGAGGGCAUCAUCACCAAGUGCUCUCUUGUGCGGCCCAAAGUGGUACGCAGUGUCCACUACUGCCCCGCCACCAACAAGACCAUGGAAAGGAAGUACACCGAUCUGACAUCUUUGGACGCCUUUCCUUCAAGCGCAAUCUACCCAACCAAGGACGAGGAAAACAACCCUCUGGAGACGGAGUUCGGUCUGUCCGUCUACAAGGACCACCAGACCAUCACGGUGCAGGAGAUGCCCGAAAAAGCGCCGGCGGGUCAGCUUCCUCGCUCGGUGGACAUCAUCCUGGACAACGACCUGGUGGACGUGGUCAAGCCAGGGGACCGGGUCCAGGUGGUGGGGACCUACCGCUGCCUGCCUGGGAAGAAGGGUGGCUUCACCUCCGGGACCUUCAGGACCAUCAUGAUAGCGUGCCACGUCAAGCAGAUGAGCAAGGAGGUGGCCCCCGUCUUCUCUGCGGACGACAUCAGCAAAAUUCGGAACUUCAGUCGCGGUCGCAGCAACGUUUUCGAUCAGCUGUCUCGCUCGCUGGCCCCCAGCAUCCACGGUCACGAGUACAUCAAGAAGGCCAUCCUCUGCAUGUUGCUCGGCGGCGUCGAGAAGGUGCUGGAAAACGGCUCCCGCAUCCGAGGAGACAUCAACAUCCUCCUCAUUGGUGAUCCCUCGGUCGCCAAGUCCCAGCUUCUACGUUACGUCCUCCACACGGCGCCCAGAGCCAUCCCCACCACCGGGCGUGGCUCCUCCGGCGUGGGUCUGACCGCCGCCGUCACCACCGACCAGGAGACGGGGGAGCGUCGUCUGGAGGCGGGCGCCAUGGUGCUGGCCGACCGCGGCGUGGUGUGCAUCGACGAGUUCGACAAGAUGUCCGACAUGGACCGCACCGCCAUCCACGAGGUCAUGGAGCAGGGUCGCGUCACCAUCGCCAAGGCCGGCAUCCACGCCCGCCUGAACGCCCGCUGCUCCGUUCUGGCGGCCGCCAAUCCCGUCUACGGCAGGUACGACCAGUACAAAACCCCCAUGGAGAACAUCGGGCUGCAGGACUCCCUGCUGUCCCGUUUCGACCUGCUCUUCAUCGUCCUGGAUCAGAUGGACGCCGAGCAGGACCGCGAGAUCUCCGAUCACGUCCUCAGGAUGCAUCGCUACCGGGACCCCCGCCAGCAGGAGGGCGCAGCCAUGGCUUUUGGCGGUUCUGUCGACGUUCUCGCGACGGACGACCCGGACGUGGCGGCUCAAGAGGUGGAAGAGCUGCAAGUCUACGAGAAGCACAACAACCUUCUGCACGGGGUCAGGAAAAAGAAGGAGAAGAUGGUGAGCAAGGAGUUCAUGAGGAAGUACAUCCACAUUGCCAAGGGAGUGACGCCCGUGUUGACGGAGGAGGCGGCCAAUCACAUCGCAGAAGAAUAUUCCAGGCUCAGGAGUCAGGAGCAGCUUGGCGCUGACAUCGCCCGGACGUCACCAGUGACGGCGCGUACGUUAGAGACCCUGAUCCGCUUGUCCACAGCGCACGCCAAAGCCCGCAUGAGCAAAGCUGUAGAACUGCAGGACUCUGAAGUGGCCGUGGAGCUGGUACAGUUUGCGUACUUCAAGAAGGUUCUGGAGAAAGAAAAGAAACGUUCUAGAAAGGAAGAAGAUUCUGCCUCUGACGACGAAGACCAAGAAGCGACUACACAGCAGUCGCAAUCAUCUCACAGGAAAAGGGGGCGACGUGACUCUCAGGGCAGUGAAGCUUACAGUCCUUAUGACUUCAGUGAAGAACAACACGUCCCUGACAUUCACACUGCUGCCCCGAAAAGAGCGAAGGCGCAGCAGGCGGCAGAAGAACAAGCGCAAGUUUCCUCUGAAGACGGCGAGCUGGCGGCAGAAAGGUUGAAGGAGUUCAAGUCGUCUCUGUUCGCCGUCUUCCAAUCCGCACACGCUCAGUCGGUGAAGAUGCAGACGCUGAUGGACGCCGUCAACAAAGACCGCGAGGUGGGCUUCACGCGGCAGGAAGUGGGCGUGGCUCUGCGCCGCAUGCAAGACGACAACCAGGUCAUGGUGGCUGAUGACAUCAUCUUCCUCAUCUGAGAAAGAUGCUCUCCUUGACACUUUCUCUCUAUGGAGACUGUUGUCAUGGUAACAUCUUGUAAAUACUAUAUUCAAAUAUCACCACAACUCUCUGCUACUACACUUAUACUGCAUGCCGUGUGUAUGUACAACAGUAAUACUGCAUGUCGUGUGUAUGUACUACAGUAAUACUGCAUACGUGUGUGUAUGUACUACAGUAAUACUGCAUGCCGUGUGUAUGUACAACAGUAAUACUGCAUGCCGUGUGUAUGUACAACAGUAAUACUGCAUACGUGUGUGUAUGUACUACAGUAAUACUGCAUGCCGUGUGUAUGUACUACAGUAAUACUGCAUGCCGUGUGUAUGUACUACAGUAAUACUCUAUACUGUGUGUGUAUGUACUACAGUAAUACUGCAUGCCGUGUGUGUAUGUAUUACAGUAAUACUGCAUACCGUGUGUGUAUGUAUUACAGUAAUACUGCAUACAUGUGUGUAUGUACUACAGUAAUACUGCAUACAUGUGUGUAUGUAUUACAGUAAUACUGCAUACAUGUGUGUAUGUACUACAGUAAUACUGCAUACGUGUGUAUGUACUACAGUAAUACUGCAUACGUGUGUGUAUGUACUACAGUAAUACUGCAUGCCGUGUGUAUGUACUACAGUAAUACUGCAUGCAGUGUGUGUAUGUAUUACAGUAAUACUGCAUGCAGUGUGUAUGUAUUACAGUAAUACGGCAUACGUGUGUGUAUGUACUACAGUAAUACUCUAUACUGUGUGUGUAUGUACUACAGUAAUACUGCAUGCCGUGUGUGUAUGUAUUACAGUAAUACUGCAUACGUGUGUGUAUGUACUACAGUAAUACUGCAUACGUGUGUGUAUGUACUACAGUAAUACUGCAUACGUGUGUGUAUGUACUACAGUAAUACUGCAUACGUGUGUGUAUGUACCAUAGUAAUACUGCAUAUGUGUGUAUGUACUACAGUAAUACUGCAUGCCGUGUGUGUAUGUAUUACAGUAAUACUGCAUACGUGUGUGUAUGUACUACAGUAAUACUGCAUACGUGUGUAUGUACUACAGUAAUACUGCAUACGUGUGUGUAUGUACUACAGUAAUACUGCAUGCCGUGUGUAUGCACUACAGUAAUACUGCAUGCAGUGUGUGCAUGUAUUACAGUAAUACUGCAUACGUGUGUGUAUGCACUACAGUAAUACUGCAUACCGUGUGUGUAUGUACUACAGUAAUACUCUAUACUGUGUGUGUGUAUGUACUACAGUAAUACUGCAUACGUGUGAGUGUACAUCAUGUGUUGCUGUCCCAGUCAACACAUGUAUUGAUAGUACAUGUAAUAAAUACAAUGAUACUGUCAGAGAAGCACAGCAAGUUUCAAUAUGAUCCAAGAAGCAAACACAUUCAUGCCACAUUGACAACAAGCACUGGCAAAGUUUACCUGUAACAAUGUCAACAAAAGUACCGCUUGAAUUAAACAACUUUUUGUAGCAA